AUGUCGCUGGCGCCGCUAAACCCUAAACCCUUUUUGACUUCUCUCACUGGGAAGCAAGUGAUGGUCAAGUUGAAGUGGGGGAUGGAAUACAAAGGGUAUUUGAAGUCCUUCGAUGACUACAUGAACAUCCACUUGCUAAAUAGUGAGGAGUGGGUGGAGGGAAACUUCAAAGGGAGUUUGGGAGAAGUUUUAAUUCGCUGCAACAACGUGCUGUACAUACGGCAGGUGCAGGGCGAAGACGAGGCCGAAGAGGCUUCUUAA